GAUAUAGCAACAUCGGUUCCGUUUUCGUAUCCAGUCACGAAAAAAAAAUAUUCCCCCAGCAUGAGGGCCACCUAUCUGUCCAUGACCGAGGAGCAACGUCGGCAUUUUGGCAACGACUUCCAAAUGUGAAGUUGUAGACUUUUUCUUCAGGGAAGUGCCACCUUUGUGUUGUGAGCAUGAAACUAAGGUGGGAACACAAUUCAUGGACGUUGAAACGUGAGGAAAGACACAAAUGUGCACAUUUUUGUCACCCCCACCCCCCCCCCAAAAAAAUAAAAGGCCAAUCAUGAACGGAAGAGCUCCACAUUUUUAAUAACAAGCAAGGUGCAUAAAAAAAAAGUCACAUUUUGACAUGCUUUUUCUUCUCAGUUGUUAGAAUAUGUGUCUUUUAAUUCUCUACACUCAUCAUGUGUGCAACCUGCCGGACGCGACGUGUAGACGCUUGUAAAUGAUUUGUACAACUUAUUUUUUUAAUGAUUAUCCUUGUGCCAUUUUUAAAUAUCAUUUGAUUUGUUUUUACUACUCACUGAAGGGCCAUUAAUGUCUAUUUUUUCUUUGCAUAUCAACUAACUGCCCUUUUGUAUGACAUCAGAAGCUGUUGUGCUGCUGCUUCUAACCACCACGUUCAGGUAAACGGCUUCUUGUAAGCUUUGGCUAAUAAGAAUUAACAUGAGUAAUAAUAAUAAUUAAUGCAGUUUUGUUUCAGCAUGUCACACUGUGUUCAGGCACGAUGCCUAAUUCUGUGUGGGGCCAAAAAGAUUUUGAGUCCAUUUGUGUGUUAAAUAAAUAUGUUUUUAGAUACUGUGUGUGUGUGCGCGCGUGUGUGUGUGUGCAUGUACUCAAAUGUCAGUUUGCCUUCUCAAAAUUCUUAAUAAUUAAAGGCAUAAUAAACCCGCAAAAAUGCUGCAAUAUGUCUGCCACUAGGUGUCACUGUUGCUUAUAAUGUCCAUGUCUCCAAUGGCGACGUGCGCCUUCACCGAGACGCGCUCACGUGCAUGCGCACGCACAGUCAGUAGUCAACACCAGUCAAGCAAAAGCAGGCAGGAGGCGAAGGUGAGCUCAACACCUGAUGCCGGGUCAACCAGCGGAGAGUCCAUUGGCCGAUCAUUGGUUGCAGCAGAGGGGCCAGCGCGGGACGGACGCAAAGGAAGAAAGCUGAGUUCAAGCCAAAAGGAGGUCCGGGUGGGGCGCUGCAGGUGGAGGAGGAGGAGGGGGGUUGCAUGGUGGUCGGGAAUCGGGAGUGAUGCACUCGAAGCUGGGCUGUGAGUGACGCGAAGUGAGCAUGAAGGACACCGGAGAGUCGAAGGAGCACCAACUCACGGUGGCCUUGAGGAUUCGGCCGCUCAGCGAUGGCGAGCAGGAGGAGACUGCCACCAUCGUGGCGCACAAGCUCGAUGAACAGAUGGUAAUCCUGAUGGACCCCAUGGAGGAUCCCGAUGAUGUCCUGCGGGCCAACCGUUCCAGGGAAAAGACAUACGUUUUCGAUGUUGCUUUUGAUUACUCGACCAGUCAAGAGGAGGUGUACCGCGCCACCACUAAGGGUCUGAUCGAGGGCCUCAUUUCAGGCUACAACGCCACCGUGUUCGCCUACGGACCCACAGGUUGCGGGAAAACGUACACAAUGCUGGGUACCGACAAGGAGCCCGGCAUCUACGUCCGAACCCUCAACGACCUCUUCCGGGCCAUUGAGGAAACCAGCGACGACAUGAUGUACAGCGUCUCCAUGUCUUAUCUGGAGAUCUACAACGAGAUGAUAAGAGACCUGCUCAACCCAUCUUCAGGCUUCCUGGACCUCAGAGAGGAUUCCAAAGGCGAGAUUCAGGUGGCGGGCAUCACCGAAGUGUCCACCAUUAACGCUCAGGAGAUUAUGGAGCUCCUGAUGAAGGGGAAUAAGCAGCGUACGCAGGAGCCCACGGCGGCCAACCAGACGUCGUCGCGCUCUCACGCCGUGCUGCAGGUGGCCGUCAAGCAGCAGAGUCGCUCCCGGGACGUUCUGCAGGAGGUCCGCUUUGCUCGACUCUUCAUGAUCGACCUGGCCGGCUCUGAGCGAGCAGCGCAGACCCAGAAUCGAGGUCAGAGGUUAAAAGAGGGCGCCCACAUCAACCGCUCCCUCUUGGCGUUGGGCAACUGCAUCAACGCGCUGAGCGACAAGAACGGCAACAAGUACGUCAACUAUCGAGACAGCAAGCUGACCAGACUGCUUAAGGACUCGUUGGGGGGCAAUAGCCGAACCGUCAUGAUUGCCCACAUCAGUCCCGCCUCGGUAGCUUUUGAGGAGUCCCGCAACACGCUGACAUAUGCUGACCGAGCCAAAAGUAUUCGCACGCGGGUGAAGAAGAACCUGAUCAAUGUGUCCUACCACAUUGCUCAGUACACCAACAUCAUCUCGGAUCUUCGUUGCGAGAUCGAGAGACUCAAAAAGAAGAUGGCCGACCAGGCGAGCCGCCAGCUCACCUCCGAGAGGACCGACAUCCGUAACGUGCAAGCCGAGGUCCAGGCCCACGCCUGCCAGAAGAGUCGGGCAGAAAUGGACCAGCUGAGGGAGCGGCUCCUGGAGGCCUUCCGCCAGCAGAUGGAUAUCCGCAGAAACCUAAUGGAGCUGGAGACCAGCAACACGGAGAUCCAGAUGGACACCUCUAAGCAGCUGCUCACCAUUGCAGACUGGGAGCAUGAACGCAGCAGGCGACGACGGAAGUGGAGAGCGGAAAAGCGAAAGGAAAGCGUCAGCAAGGACGACAGCGAGAAGGAGUCCGACUCACCGGAGUCUCCGCCGGAUGUCACUGAGACAGAGGAGGUGGCCAUAGCCAAAGAGAACCUGGUGGCCCUCAUGACGGAGCAGAAGAAGCUCCACAAACAAAAGGCGCAACUGGAGCGCCGCUUCCUGGAGCUCCGCGACCAGGCCCGGCAACUGGAAGAACUGCUACCCCGGCGGGUGAGCUCGGACGAGCAGCGCGAGGUGCUUGGCCUCCUGUGCAAGGUCCACGAGCUGGAGAUCGAGAACGCCGAGUUACAAUCGCACGCUCUGCUGAAGGACAAUGUGAUCCGGCAGAAGAAUUUCGUGGUCCGUCGCUUUGAGAUGCACCGGCACCUUUGCGACGAGCUCAUCCAACAGCAGCGGCAGUUCAUUGACGAGCACAGUCUGCUAUUGCCGCCCCACCUACAGGAGCUCUAUGAUAUGUAUGCCAGAGAACGAGAUGAGAGGAAACUGGACCGUGCUGCGGCUCUUGAGAACGUCACCACGAGCCACACCGUUAAGGGGGGCUCCCUACCCAAGAUCGGCCUGGCUCCUCAGGCUCGUGACACCGUUCAAGACGUGGACUCAGACCAGGAUUGCGUACACCCCGACGAAAGACACGUCAAACUUCGUCGCCACACGUUGCCCCCCAUUCUGCCUGAAACUGAACAGGACAGCGAGAGAGUUUUCAAAAACAUCGCUCACGCACGACACAUGAAAAUAUCCGCCGUGAUGACCCCUCCUCCCAUACACAUCAACGGGAAGGGCAACAGAGAGUUGCAGCCGCUGGUGCCGGUCAGCUCGCUGAGCUACUCUCACCUCAGCCACAGCGUUAGCAGCCAGCUGGAUUCAUCUCCGGAGAGCAGCGAGGCGGGUGUUGACGCCCCGCUUUCACGAAAUGAGAGGCAGCAGAUCCUCAAAGGUGUCCAGAACAUUUCGGUGAAGGCGGCACGGCGGCGCUGCAAAGCUCGCGAGGUGGAGGCCUUGCGCUUGCCGCCCGCCCCCUCCCCCAUGGAGCGCGCCACGCAGAAGAGCAGCCUCUUUGGCGGCGACACGGCCCCCAGGGGUCUGCCGGUGCGGCGUGGCAGACAGCCCAGCCCUGAGCUCCGGCACGCCACCUCCGACGACAACCUCUCCAGCAGCACCGGCGAGGGGCCCGGCCUCCAGGCCACCUGGACACGGCACCACAAGCUCACCGGCAAAAACCAAACACCGCGAGACUCCGACUUUGAGGCGCGCCGUAAGAAGAGGCGCUCACGCUCUUUUGAGGUCACUGGACAAGCAGUGCCUCAAUCCAAAACAAACACAGCUGCAAGAUUCCGCCCCUUGGACAGCACGUCAGAUGCUCACCUCCACGUCAGUGGUCAGUCACAGGUUCCCGUGCUCCGCCCCCAGUUCAGAGUCCCGCCUCUUGCCAAAGUCAGGGUACCAAAUGGGAGCCAGCAAGCAGGCCCAAAUUCGGAGAUCGCCGCAGUCCAGACAAAUAACCUGAAGCGCAUCCCCUUUCUGCGGCAACCCCAGCCGCCCCUCUACAUCACCACCACCACCACCGCAAUAGGGAGCCAGCAGCGACCACGCCGACACUGAGCGUUAUUUUCACUAGAACAAUGCGAGAUGCACAAACCAGGAAGUCUGGAUGGUGACAGAGAGAACGCAUCAUCCUGCCUACAGACACCAAAGAUCAUUACGUGUCCAUUUUGUGUCUUGUUGUCUUCAUGUGUUCAAAAAAGAAAAAGAUUGCUAUGUGCAAGUUUUUGCAAAGUGGGCUCUCUGGGAGAGGCGUUAAUUACUAUUCGAUUGUGCUGCCUCAGUUAUUGUGUUUUCGUUUUCAUUUAUUUAUUCAUUUUAUUUUCAUUCUUUAACAGUUGCCUUGCUGGUUUUAUUUCAUUUCCAUUUUCUGUGCUUUCUUUUGUACAUUUUUUAAUGACUACCAAAAUAAAUUGGGGAGGAAAAAAACAUUUAACAUUCUACUUUGUUUUAUUCUUCUUUAUUUAGCCUUAAGUGACAAAAGAGAAAAUGUGUGACAUUAUAAAACAAAUACUGGGUGCUGCUCGCAAAAUAAGGAUAUGAUCUUCUAAUAAUAAUAAUCUAUUUGGAAAAAAAUCAGC